UUCAUGUUAAACACGGUGAGGAGAUUCUUGCAGUGUGUCAUCUGAAGUUUUCUCUGCGGAAGAAUCCAGAGCAGUUCAGAUGAACACGGAUCUCAUUGCAGCCCGGUGCGUUGUCUUCCAUGGAUCUGCUUUUCAUCAUACCGUAGAAGACUCGCAAUUCAUUCGGGCGAAAAAAUAUAAACAGUUGGGACAUGGACGGUCACGGGACGGACGUGAGCAAGCUGUCCGACGAGGGUCUGCUGCUGCUAGGGAAGGAGGAUGUGAUCCGGAGGAUGAGGAGGCUGGAGAGCCGCAACAUGGACCUGAUGCUGGAACACGCGGACAUGAUGAAGGACGUGAACCGAAGCCUGCAAGUCCAUCUCCAUGAGAUCCGGAGUCUGAAAGAAGUCAACCAGAAACUUCAGCACGAUAACCUGGAGCUCCGGGAGCUGUGCUGCUUCCUGGACGACGACCGGCAGAAAGGGAAGAAGGUAUCCCGGGAGUGGCAGAGGUUCGGCCGCUACACGGCCAGCGUCUUGUGGAAAGACGUCGGACUGUACCAGCAAAAGCUUCAGGAGCUGGAGGCCUGUCAGGAGGCGCUGAGGAUGGAGAACAUGGAGCUGAAAGAGAUCGUCCUCAUGCUGGAUGAGGAGAGGAGGGGAGCCGGCUCACGGAGCUCCAUCGACAGCCAUUCCAGCCUCAGCAACCUGAAUGGUUCGGUGUCGGUUCGGGACAACGGGGAUGGUAGUAGCACGUCCAGUACUGGGAGCAUCGGUAGUCCGGACCACCACCCCCACAACCACCUGCAUAAAGCCCCCGAAGCGAAGACAGCGUCUCUGAGAAGGUCUAUGGACGACCUGUCUGUCGCUUACAUUAAAAGAGGCACCGGGCUCAAUGAUGCAUCCGUGGGUUACAUCACACAGCUGGAAAACAUGGUGAGGAUGCUGGAGGAUGAAAAAAAGCUGCUGCUGUCCCAGGGUGCUGCUCGGACCCCCUCACCCACAGAGUUCUACAUCCACCCAGGGCAGAAACCAGAGGCAAUAGUCCACGCAAUGAAGGUCUAUGAAAAGCUUGACAGACAGUGUCAACAGGAAUAUGAUGAAGAUCUCAGUGAAAAAGAGAAGGCCAUCGUCAGAGAGAUGUGUAAUGUUGUUUGGAGAAAGCUGGGCGAUGCCACCGGCUCCAAGCCAUCCGUCAGACAGCAGCUUUCAGGAAACCAGUUCAAAGGGCCGCUACAGUUGUCGGACACCAAGUGAGGCCAACAGACAUCCCAGCAGUCAAACAAUCCUAGUUUGGACUGGAAGCUUUUCAACCAUGAAUUUUUUUAGUUGGCUGAUGAAUUACAGCCACCUCAGUCUGAACUAAAAUGAGUUUUAGUAAGAUAAGAUACAUUUAUUUAUCCCAAACACAUGCACAGACAUGCAAAGGCACACUCAUGCAGGUAGGGAAAUGUAAUCUCUGCUUUUGACCCAUCUGGUGCAGGACACACAGAGCAGUGAGCGACCAUGUACGGCGCCCCGGGAGCAGAUGUUGGGGGAGUAAGGUGCCCUGCUCAGGGGCACUAGACAGGGUAGGGAGACUCUCCUUAGAUGUAGAUGUAUGUGUCACAUCUACCGGGAUUUGGUACCAACUGUGGAAGACCAUGGCUGUUACAAGGACAAAAACAGCCACUCUUGAUGAUGUCUGACACAGAUUGUAGGAAACAUUUUAAAAAUCUGGGUUUGGGUUUACCUGCCAUCAUCUUAGAAGCAGAAGGUCUGAACUUGGGAUAUGUGGGCAAAGCCUGAUUGGAGCUACAACACAGAACGCAGUCACCAUGGCUGAAUGGGCUUGGCUACGGAUACACAGAUAUCCUGGGCAUCCACACUACUACUACACCACAUUACUACUACACCACGUUACACCAAGACGCUUAAACAGAGGAGUUUGUAAAUGCUUUAGUUUUAGUUUGAAACCACGAGGGCAGCAUUUUAGUCUGAACUAAUGUUCUGAAAAAGAUGUUUGGAAACUAUGAAGAAUACACACACGACUUCUGGCUGAUUGGAUCUUUUUGGUCACAAUGUUACUCGACUCGUCAGUCUCCUUUCACAUAACCCUCUUCUGGACAAAAACAGCUGGUAUUAGCCCCCACUGCCAGUGUAGAACACAACAUGGAUUAUCAAUUAUAAGCACUUGCUGACCAAUUCCUGACCCUGUUGUCUUUGCUUACAACUGUUGUGCAGUUAGAUUCAGCAUUCUAUGGUUUUGGUAAAUAGCUUUGUAUUUAUAUAAUGGUUUUCUAGUUUGAUGAUGACCACUCAAAGCUCUUUACAGUUGUUGUUCUAUGAGGGUUAAUUCAGGGUUCAGCAUCUUGCCCAAGGACCCUUCGUCAUGCAGAUGGGGAAUACUGGGGAUUGUACUGCCAACCUUCAGGUUGGGUGACGACCGCUCUACCCCUCAGCCACUUCUGCCCACCCACAUCAUUCUACAAUGAUACAAAUGAUUAUAUGUGUAGGAGACAAACUGUUUUUCGAGCGGUCUGGGACAAUUCGGGAGCACAUGCCCAGUGUUCUGAAGGUCUAAAAUUGUGCAGAACCUUAAUAAUGUGGAUUAUUACCUUGUGUGUGCACAGGAUUAAAAAAAAACAAUUUAGAAAGGAUCUCUGUAGAUUGGCCUGUUUAGGGAUUCAAGUUAUCCUAGAACAAAAAAAAUAUCAGAAUCUCUUUUGAAGCUGAUACUUUAACAGUAGAGUUACAUGUGCAUGCACUCACACUACUGUCUCUGAUUUCUGAAACUUCUGUACUUAGCCUAAAUGUAAAAGACAGUUCUUAUAUAGAAAGCUUAUAUUUUCUUUUGUUAUAUAUUCUGAAGAGUUGCUGUUGAUCUCACUGUCAAUGCUGUGGGCGCCUUAUUGAUGUUAGCAGUAGCUUUAAAACAAAGGACAUACACUUUGCAUACAGAGCUCAAACUGCUACCAUGUUUUUCCAUGAUCAGUUUACUAUUACUUUCUGACUUGUAACUUGUAACAUGUAAUUGUGCUGUGUCACCCACAAAAAGACUGAUCAACUAACUUCACAUCUGUCUUUCAUUCAGAGACAUGUUUAGUGUAACACAGUACAAACAUUAGAACCAAAGUCAUUCUCCAUCGUAAUAAAAAGCUCUAACGCUGUCUGAUUUACGUGGUGUUAGCUAUGAGCUAGCCACAGAUGUACCACCAAUUACUGUCAAUAAGUGUGCUGUGCUGUAUCUGAGCCACAGUGAUUCCAAUGUAAUCUCUCUUCUUGUGGGUGAACCAUGUUUCCCAGCGGCUUAUUGCUGGUGUAAGAUAAGGCCCUUUGACUGAAAUGUUCCUCCAUGAUGGUAUAUUUUAGAGAAAGACCCGAAGAAGCUGUUUAUCAAAACAUAUUUCCUAUAGUUUACUAUUGUGUAGCAUUUCUUUAUAUUUUUGAGAAAGGUAUAUGUAGCUAGAAAUGUAUUUUAGCAGAAUAUGAUGAUGAUAUGAGAACGUUUA